CCCGCAGCACCGUCGCGCCGCGCCAGCUUCGCCACCAUGGCUGGGGGGCACCACGUCGCGCUCCUCUGCUCUCUGAUUAUCGUCCUGGUCACCAGUGUCGACACCCGGUUCGCCGGCGGUGUGGAUCCCGGCUUUGCUCACUAUCCACGAGACAAGUCUGACGGUUACGCGGCCAACGGCCUUCUCAAGCCCAGUGUGACGCCAAGUCAGCGCUCUGCCAAAGCCCUCCCCGGAGUAAAGGACAACGACCCAAAGUCGACCUCUUCAGCCGACGGACGCACACCGCUGCGUUUGACGCCAGAAAAGAGUGAGAGCUGCGACCGACACCGACUUAGAAAAUGUGGCACACGCACUGUGCAUCCAGACAGAGCCCGCGGUGGUCUGAUGGCUAGAAACGCUCUGAUGCCAAGAAGCCGUCCCGGGAGAGUCGUCUUCAUCGAUGCUUCAAUGGCAGCCAUCCCCAAAGGGUUCAACAUCCGCGGUCGUUUGCGGAUCUCGCGGGACGCCGGCUUUUUCACGUCUGACCUCAGUCAGCUGUCUAACCAAUGGCAGACGGUGGAUGCCAAAAGGAACGCCGAAUGUCCACAGAAGUGCUUGGAGGCUGGCUACUCCUAUGCAGCAAUGCAGACGCAGACAAACAGAGGCUGGUGCAAAUGUGCUCGUCAGCUGAACAACAUUGCGCAGGCUACUCGAAAAGAGGUGAUGAGGGGUGACAUCCAAGUGCUCAAUCUUCAAGCAAUCAAACAAAGAAGACUGCAAGUCAUCCAGCUGGCAAAACUUCACAGACAGGUGGCCAUUGCUAGCUACAAAAUCAUCAUAAAGAAUCCGAAGUGGUACCGCUUUGUGACCGUGACUUCCGUGCCAAGCGCAUACGGACUGCGGAUCGGCAUGACGAGAUCCCCGUCAGUCUGCUUCAAACGCUGCGCUGCCAGCAGCUUCAACUACGCCUUCUACUCCGUCUAUGGCUGCUUCUGUUCCAACGAUAAGAGCGACGUCAAAGUGAUCCGACCUCAGUACCGCAGCCUGAAAUAUUUCGCUGCCGGAAGGACCUGUCUCUUCUACAUUAGCAGAGUCAACAGGCUCAAGCCCUCAGGAACAGCGGCAGUAAUCAAAGGACGAAAGGGUUACCUUAUCUUACGGUCUCCAAACGGCCGGGUGCAGACGGGCCGCUUCAUGGCCGCCAGUCUACUCCAGAGCCAGGCGUGGCGCCGUCUGCCGGCCGUGCCGCCCCUCUUCUGUCUCCAGAUGUGUGCCCUCAGAGGGUACACGUACGCUGCCGUCGGCAACAGCGAAGAUCCAACAUGUGACUGCGCAAGAACUCCACCAACAAAUUUGCUGUUCCGGGUGUGGAGAAGUGACAGCGACAAGCAAGUGUUUAUGCUCAGCGGCCUUCCAAAAGCAGGAAAAAUGACAUCGGUAACCGUCAUGAGAGGCAGUUUCCUCCAGUUUACUUUCUCGGGGACGUCGGCGGCUCGUCCGAUCGUGCUCUACCUGAGGUCGGCUCCUCCUGCCGGCUGGACGUUCCGAUUGCCAUCAGGCGGAGACAGUUUCCCUCAAAAGUACCGGCUCCUCGCAUACUGUCCACUCAUGUGCAGAGCACAGGGCUUCCCGUACGCUGCCGUCCGCUUCCAGCCCGCCGGGUGCUCGUGUCUGGGCCCGGCCGAGGUGGACGCCGUGCGUUCCGACACCAGCAGCUCUCCUGACGGCGCCUCACCAGACAGCACCAUCCAGAUCAUACAGCUCGGAUCGCUCCAGGGUUCUGCCUUCCCCAAAGAGCUGCUGGUGCUCGGCCGAACUUCCAGCGGGGAUCAGUGGUCUUUCAGUCCCCGAUGGAUCACCAUCUCCAUCAGACUCGGAGCUGGCUUACAGGGCUCGCUGGAAUUGGAGGGGCAGACGAGAUCUGUCAGCGUGCUUGCUUCUGGUAUCCCAAUCAAGACUCCUCCCGUUUUCAUCGAUGCUGGGGCGGCAUUCGUUCCAAAAGGGUUCAACAUCCGCGGUCGUCUGCGGAUCUCGCGGGACGCCGGCUUUUUCACGUCUGACCUCAGUCAGCUGUCUGGCCAGUGGCAGACGGUGGACGCCAGAAGGAACGCCGAAUGUCCGCAGAAGUGCUUGGAGGCUGGGUUCUCCUAUGCAGCGAUGCAGACGCAGACAAAGAGAGGCUGGUGCAAGUGUGCUUUGCAGCUGCAAAAUAUAGACAAAUACGCCAGGAGAGAUAGCGUAAAAACAGGGGACAUUCAAGUGAUCAGUCUACGGCGUAUAGGAGAGAAACAACUUCAAGUCGCGAGGCUGGCUGAGUUACACAGACAGGCCGCGAUCAAGGCCUACAAAAUGAUCAUGCAGAAUCCUAAAUGGUACCGUCAAGUGACCGUCGUGUCUGUGCCGAGGACGUACGGACAGAACAUAGGCAUUGCCAGCAACCCGGCGUCCUGCUUCAAGGGCUGCGCCACGAGCAACUUCAACUACGCCUUCUACACAGUUUAUGGCUGCCUGUGCUCCAACGACAAGAGCGACGUUAAAGUGGUCCGGCCCCGGUACCGUAGCCUGAAAUAUUUCGCCGCUGGAAGGACCUCUCUCUUCUACAUCGGCCGGGUCAACAGGCUCAAACCUUCAGGAAAUGUGAACAUUUACGAAGGGCCAAAUGGCUUCAUCGUCGCACAGUCUUUGAAAGGCCGGGUGCAGACGGGCCGCUUCAUGGCCGCCAGUCUGCUCCAGAGCCAGGCGUGGCGCCGUCUGCCGGCCGUGCCGCCCCUCUUCUGUCUCCAGAUGUGUGCCCUCAGAGGCUACACGUACGCCGCCGUCGGCAACAGCCAAGACCCUACAUGUGACUGCUCAAAACGAUCUCCAAACGAAGCAGAUCUCUUCCGAACGGCGAAGAGCGACAGCGACAGACAAGUGUUCUUCCUGAAGGGACUGCCGAGGAUAGGAAAAAUGAGCCUAGUCUACGUAACAGAGAACAGCUUCCUGCAAUUCAUAUUCUCCGGGACGUCGGCGGCUCGUCCGAUCGUGCUCUACCUUAGGUCGGCGCCUCCUGCCGGCUGGACGUUCCGAUUGCCAUCAGGCGGAGACAGUUUCCCUCAGAAGUACCGGCUCCUCGCAUACUGUCCACUCAUGUGCAGAGCACAGGGCUUCCCGUACGCUGCCGUCCGCUUCCAGCCCGCCGGGUGCUCGUGUCUGGGCCCGGCCGAGGUGGACGCCGUGCGUUCCGACACCAGCAGCUCUCCUGACGGCGCCUCACCAGACAACACCAUCCAGAUCAUACAGCUCGGAUCGCUCCAAGGCGCUGCUAUUCCCAAAGAAUUACUGGUGCUGGACCGAACUGCCAGCGGGGGUCAGUGGUCAUUCAAUCCCAGAUGGAUCACCAUCUCCAUCAGGCUCGGAGCUGGCUCAAAGGACUUCCUAAACUUGAAGGGACUGACGGGGACUUAUGAUGGUAUUUCGUUCAGAUUUGAUGUCCAAGAUAACAAUUACUACUUCUUAUUCAUCAAUGGAGCCCCGGCUCCGAGCGGUUUCAGCGGCUCGCUGCCGUCCGGCGACUGGCGGGACCUGGGUCAGCGGCCCGUGUCCGACUGUCUGGCCGCCUGCGCGCGCCACAACCUCCUCUUCAUGGCUGUGCGCGUGCAGGGCGACACGACCGCGUGCUGGGGCGCGCCGGCCGCCGACCUCUCCAGCCUGCAGCACAGCGCUCCGGACGUGGCCGGCAUGUACCAGCUGUUCAGCCUAGACGGACUCCGGGUCGGCCAGAAGAGUCACUUCUCCUACGGCGGAAUCGUGAAUGUCAUUUCGGAGAGCCUCGCGAACGGCUACGAACGGUUCUCAAUAGUGAUGAAAGGAGACAGUCAGCCGUCGCCGCUGGCCAGCUACUUUACCGACACGGUGCCCGGCUCAGUGCGCUGGCUGCCCACCACCUUCCCGGACAGCCCGGCCCAGUGUGUGGCCCGCUGCUGCGGCCUGCGCUUCUCGCUGGCGCUGGUCCGCUCGUCGAACGACCGGCUGUGUCUGUGUGGCGACCUGCGUGCGGGCGGUGAUCUCGGUCUGACGGACACCAGCCCUCCGUCCAGCGCGGGGAGCAUGCAGGUCGUCCGCCUGCCGCCUCCGCCGCCGCCAGCCGAGCUAGACAGCUCAGUAGACGACGGGGAGGGAGGAGUGCAACACUCAACGAUAGUGGCAUCUUGGCUAACGCCUACGCUUUGCAGAAUCAUCGUGAAUGGAGAGCCUGCCAGAGUGCAGUUCGUCCGACUGGGUGCGGUGGAGCGCACCAAAGCUGUCGACGUUGGACCACCCGGCGACGACCCGGGCGUGUGCAUAUCCAAAUGCAUGUCUGAGCUCAAGAUGCCGGCUAUGAACAAGGACCAUUGUUUCUGCCUGAGCGUUGGAGACGUGGAGCUGGAAGAGACUCUCAUGGAAGGCGGCGACGUCCUCAGUGUUCUGGACAUCACGAAAUACGUGGUUAAGCCGAAUG